AUGACCAGAUGUCGAAUUGUUGACUCCGGUCGGUGGGCGAUGCCGAUCCCCAUCGGUCUUAAGAGACGCGAGACGGCCUCAGAAACGCCGUCGAUGUAUGGAAGCGCCCGCCAUAUUGUUGGUCGUUCUGUCACCAAACGUCGGCUCGGUCCGGCCUGUCGACCGCCUGUCUCGUUAUUCACCUCCAUCCCACCCGCGCUGGCUAUCGACACUAUUGAUGGCUUUCUCCGGGAAAAGUAUGAUGAGACCGACCAACAGCUCAAACGAGCACACAUCAUCGAUCUCCUAGAACUGUGUCUUAAGACCUUCUUUACAUUCAACGGCCAAGUCUACGAGCAAAAGAAGGGGACACCGAUGGGCUCGCCUCUGUCUGGACUAAUUGCCGAAGCAGUUUUGCGGAGACUCGAGCAGCAGGUCUUCAGCUCGUACCCCCCGAAGUUCUGGGCCAGAUACGUCGACGACACGUUCCUUGUAAUCAAGAGGAGUGAGAUGAAGGCUUUCAAGACAUUGUUGAACUCAAUCUUCCCCGACAUUCAGUUUACUAUGGAAGAGGAAGUAAACAAUCAGUUGCCCUUCCUGGACGUACAAGUUACGAGAUUGACAGACGGGAAGAUAAGGACAACGGUUUACCGUAAGGCAACAAAUACUAGGCGCAUCCUCCACUUCCGAAGCAACCACCUUGUUGGUCAUAAACGCAGUUAUGUCAGAACUCUCUUUCAACGUGUUCAGACACACUGUAGCGACGGCAGUGGGAGGAAGGCGGAGAUGAAUUACUUACAGGGCCUUUUUAAAGCCAACGGCUACCCGAAGUCCAUCAUACGCAAAUGCCUUAAAAAGCCUCAUUUUGAGCGGUCGAGUGGAGAAAAGCCCAAGUUCUGCCUCUCAAUACCCUAUGUGAAGAACGUAUCAGAGGCAACGGCAAGAAUGCUAAAACCCUUUGGGAUUGGCGUGGCUCAUAAACCAGAAUGUACCAUCAGACAGCAAAUCAUGAAGCCCAAGGACUCGCUACCAACAACAGAACAGUCGGCGGUGGUCUACAGCAUACCAUGUCUAAAUUGCAAUGCAAGGUAUGUUGGUGAAACGGGCAAACGCCUCGGCACAAGAUUGCACGAACACCCACUUGCAAUCAACCGCAAGGACAAGCUGUCUUUGGUCUAUGGUCACAUACGAGAACUGAACCACAAUUUUGCCUUUGAGAAAGCGAGGGUAAUUGGUCGAGCUAAUGAGAAGAUGGCCAAACUGGUGCUCGAAAGUUGGUCCUCGACUGGUACACUCAACCGAGCUAUAGAUCUCCAUCCCGCCUACCAAGCACUCCGCACAAGGCUCAGAUCAGUCCGGACAGGACCAGUAAGGCAAGCGAGCACGCGGGACCGAGAGUCAACGCUCACGGAAAAGAGCGGAACUGGGGGCCAGAGGUCACGUGAACAAAGCCGAACACUGUCUCACCGAUGCGCCCGCGAAGCUGAAUGCUGCUCACCUGAACAGCAACGACUAUUCAGUCCACCGGCUGACGUGGGAGGGGCCAAGCGGCACGUUGAUUUGACCACAACUAAGCCGACCCCAAAGGGAAAAAAGGUCACGCAGGCCUAUCAGCGGUCAGCUCCGUGGAGGUCUAAGCCAGUCAGCGGCAAACAGGCAGGUCAAAGUUCGUGCGUCCAGCACGGCUAUAAUACGAGGCAAGCGGCAAGACUGAAUAACUCAAGAUCCGCAAGUGCAACAAUUACGCUACUCUGAUGAUGGAAACGAGGAAGUUUCCGAAACGUCAGUUCGAAUACAAUAUGGUCCAUGGAUUCGCCCUCUCUUCUUCUUCGUCUUCUUCGGGAGAUGAUGAACGCGAUACAAUGUCUGGACCUCGAAUCUUUACGCAUAUCGAUAUAUAUAUAUAUUAAUUAAAAGUCAAUGCACGCUGCAUGCUUGUCUUAGAGCAUUAAAAAAGCACUCUACAGGAUGAUAGUUCAAGGAGAGGGACAUAUUCGUCCACUGUCUAGGUAUCUUUUUCCUAGGUUGCAGUGUCUUGCGCAAUUUCAGUAACUGGUCAGCGCACGUUUGAGAUGAUCGUCCACGAUCUAGCGCGCAGUGACGGAGUGGAGUAAAUCACUCAAGGGGAUGACGUCUAAGUAGGUCCGGCCACCGGCGACGGGUAGGGUAUGCUCUAUUGUCGUGUACCCAUGUGCCGACUCUCCUUUUUGGGGCGGCUGUGUGAGUCAGCGUCCGAGUGGCGGGUUUCCGGUCCAACCAAUGAAAGCGUGCGAAGUCACGAAAGAACCAGCAACUGUGUGAUGUGAUUUGGUCCGUCUGGGGAAAAUGAAAGGAAUUAAAGAAAAGGCAUCAUCAUGACAAAGCUAAUUUUUGGAACAUCAGCCACAUGUUUGAGCCAGUCGGGUCUGAUCCUUUGUGUGUCAGCUGCCGUCGUACAGCGUGGUGUCAUUAAAGUUUUGCCUGUGAAUAAAAAUAGGAGUGUUACAUUUAGCUCAAACGCAUUUCCCUUUUCCAGCGAUCGUUUGUUAAAGGAUGGGGAGAUGAAGUUUUUUGUUGAACUCUUCCUUCGCGAAGUAUUGAUUUUUGUUUAUAUUUUACGAAUUUCUCCGUUAUCAAACAAUAUUUGGUUUAGAUUACAGUUUCUCGUCUUUAUUUUCAAUAUUUGACAAGCUGUGUAUUUUCGACCAAUAUUCUCCGACGCCACGAAGUAUCAUGAGUUUUAGACACACUUGUUCCAGGGCAAUUCAACUUCAGAAGCGAAGAGGUGAUGCCGAAGUAAGUGCCGCAACCAGGGCCUGGAAGGGUAAAACCCUUGGUAAAACUCUACAGUAAACGUCGAGCUUUUGACUAGCUAAUCGUACGUCCAGUGUAAAUGACCUUGUAUAAACAGUCGGAGCACGCUGGACUGGCCUCUCGGAAGGCUUCAUCGGCGUCCCACCGAUUUGUGGUGGAGAUCAGAUAUCCCAAGGAAGCAUUUUAAUGUGUCCUUUAAUAACAUCUUAUUGAAUAGGUCAUCUGGUGUUUCCUGACUCGCUAAGGAGGAAUCGAGUCGUCUCGUUUCAUCGAAACAGGUAAACCUGCUGACGCACAGGGGGAGGCUCUGGAAUAGCUGUCUUUUUCUGAUAGAAAGAAGCUGAGUACUUGCACAAGGACCAACUUGGGCUGUUAGACCGGGGAAUGUCCGGGCGAAGGUUGAGGAUGAUCAGCACCCAAUUAGCCCCACCCAUGCUUGGGUAUAUUUUUCUUUAUCACAUGUACUUUAGUCCUUGAAAACCGGUUAGUCAAGUCGUUAGGUCUAGAAUACUUGCAGUGCACUUGUGACUCAGCCUUCGGCUUGCCGAUACCGUGAUGUCAAUGACGUUCAAUGAUCGGCCGCUGCCGCGCAUGGCUCAAGCGCAGGCUCAGACUGGCUCUCGGCGUGGUCGCUGCCACCCAGGCCUGAGUAGCUUGUAUUCUUUCACCCACAAGUAAAUUCUAUCCCGCCAACUCGGCCACCCGACUUUUAAUCUAGGAAAUUUCGAUUGUUAACUAUCUCACUUCGACACGUCACCAGGAGAGUACUUGUCUAAUGUCGCCUGGCUUCCCCUCUAGAACAGUCGGGCAGGGUGGGCCUGUCCUAGUGGUCUCUCAAUCGUCUGACCCCUCCAUUCUGAUUGAGGGAAAAUGAAGCUUCCAAAGUUUGUAUUGGCUCUACUCCGAGAGCCUGUCACAACGACGGGCCUCUCGUGCACCAGGGCUGUCUGGCGUUCUCUCACUCGGCUUUCCAACCGACCAACCAGAUUCAAGGUCGAGUCAGACGUGCCCUGGUCUAAGCCGCAUUGACGCAUUCCCUGACGGACGCUUGGGACGCCGUCCUCCUGGCGCUAGAGGCACUUUUCCCCGGCUGCCAACUCUCUCCAAUCUCUUCCCUAGUUUUGAUGACACCUUUUCUUCUAGGUAACCCGCCAACCCUCUUCCCUAGUUGUUCUUUUCAGAAUAUACACUCCUCCCAACUGACGCUCAUCUUCUCCUUCCACUAG